GAAUUAAUACUUACCCAUUUCAGCAAGUCUAAAUCGAUGUGCAGUUCGAGAUUCUUCCAUUACAGCAGUUGCGUUUUUGCGAGGCGAUGGGAAAAAUGCCCGAGGAUUUGCGCGCUCAACGUCCUCUUUUUGGUGGCGCUAUUGUCGCCUCCUUUCCACUGCGCUUCCAGGAUGUAAGUGAUAUUCGCGAAGUUCCUGAUAAUCAGGAGGUUUUUGUGGAUCCGACGCGCGAUGAGAGCUUGAUAUUUGAGUUGCUGGAGUUGAAGACUGAUGUGCCUGAUAAUGGAAGUGCGACAUGGUUUCUUCAAGACCUUGCCAAUGAGCAGGAUGCCGAGGGAACUGUGGUUCUUGAGCAGUCUGGCAUAGUGCAGGCCGAUGGAGAACAAUUUAGAAACAAUCGACCUAUCAUAACAACUGCAGUUGGACAAAUGGCCGUAUCCAAGGGAAGGCAGGGAAGAGAAGCCCAGAACAUAGUUAAGGUUUAUUUAGCAAAUUUGCGGCUAAAAAAUGUCGCAACAGAUGUUCUUAUCACAGCCUAUGAGCCUCUGCUUAUAAACUCCUUGAGUGAAAGUGCUGCUAGUGUUGGAGCCGGUUUAGCAAUACCUGCUGCAGAAUCUGGAUGUAUGCCCAUGGCGGAGGUUUUCAAAUGUGCCGUAUCCAGUUUCAAUGUCAACGAUUGGAGCCUCUUUGGUGGCGUUGCUUGAAAUUUGAAUCAAAUCAGGUGUAUUCUUAACCAGCUUCUGAAUUUUUUCUUGCCAUAAAUUAGUUUAUUCGAUGAUUGGUUGUGAUUAUUAGCAGUCGGAAUCUUAAUGUUAGGUAAAGUUUUUGUUUCAGGGAUGGAUGCAACCUUACUUGAGUUAUAAUGUGUAUUCUUGAAUUAAAACUAUAGUAUUGCAUAAUAUAUCUUAGAAACAAGAUGUGUGAAUAUUGAAUAAGACUAAAUUGUUUGGCCCGACUAAUCGGUUAACUUGAUUGAAGUA